AUGAUUUUGAACAGCUUAAACGAAACUUUAAUCGUAAUCAAUCAAACAGUUUGUGAUAAGAUCAAUAGAACAGUGGACAGUCCGAAUGUAACGAUCGGUGUCACAUAUGUCACACUCAGUCUUCUAUUCCAGAUUGCUUAUUUGCCAUGUUUUGUGACAUUUUUACAUCGUGACCAUCGAUGUCAUUCAUGUUUCAAAUUAAUGAUUGUAAUUGGUAUUGUUGAUAUAAUCACUACAAAUAAUGAUUUAACAAUUGUUGGAUUUUAUUCUAUCAUAGGAAUUUCAUAUUGCACAGCACCAAUUUUUUCCGCAUUUUCUAAUUUUAUUUCCUUAACAUGUUGGUUUGCUCAUUGUUCAUUAUGCAUUCUUCUUAAUUUUAAUCGAUGCUGUAAUUUAUAUUUCGGAAGAACAGUGGAAUGUUUCACAAAAUCAAGAUUAUGGCUUUGGAUUUUUAUGGCAUUCUUAUAUGCUUUUAUUAUGUAUGCAAUUUGUCCAUCUGGAUUUUAUCAUAGUUAUCUUGGCAUUUGGCUUAAUAAAUCAAAUUCAAAUGAAACAUUGACGCUCAGUUUGCCUCAUAUGUUCAAUAACGCUUGCGUUGUUGUUAUCAUUUUUGGACAGUAUGUAUUCAUGGCAAUAAUUUUGCAUCAACGAUUACAUUCAGUUUCUAACAGAUCAAUUAGAACAGAAUCCAAACUAUCUGUACUGAUACAAUCAGUUAUUAUCUGUUUCUUCUUGCUGAUUUGCAGUGCAAUGUACAUAAUUAUCGAAUUCAUCAGUUUACCACCAACUCUUUUGCCAUUCAUUCAUAUUUCAUGGAUGUUCUCACAAGGUGGCAAAGCAUUUCUUUACAUUGCUAUGAACAGAAAAGUACGACGAAAUAUCGCCGAUAUAUGUUGCAAACAGAAAUGA